UCCGAUCAAAUACUGUUACAAGUCGAAAAAUCGUGAUUUUGAGUUAAGUAAACCACUCGAUCCAUAUUAAAAUUCUCUAUCAAAAUCAAAUAUCGUUGUAACUUUAGUUACAAAAAUGUCCGCGUGAGGGCGUUGUGGCGGUUUAUUACUAAGCAAGUUUUCGCAUGACACGUCCUUGAAUAGUGUUACGUGUCACAUUGAAACGAGCGGUAGUGUUUGUCGUCCGCGUAAAAACCGUUGUAACUUGAAAUAAGACACUAAUACAGAAAAGGCUUGAAUAAUGAGGAGAGUCGACAGAAUAUUGGAUUUGGCAAAAGCAUUAAAGGACGAAGAAUCCGAUAAUAUACGAGAGAAAGAGAAUAUUGAGCCUACCGUUUCGCCUUCAAUAAUACAUUCUACUCAUGGCGCUAAUCCUAUACAAGACAAUAUUUCUAAAAAAUCUGGUGAGAAAUAUAACGUCAACGAAUUGUCUUACCAUGAUUUUAUAUCUUUGAAAAAGUUGGCAAACGACUUGAAAAUGAAAACAAUAACAAAAAUUUCUGAAAUGAAAGUUAUUAAAAUUGAGGCUGAAUCCCCGGAUAUUUUGUACUACAAAAAUUCUUUUGCUGAUGAAGAUUUUUCUACAUUAAAACUAUUAAAAACCAUUCCUAUAUUACCUCCUUUGAAGCCUGCUUAUUAAUAGCUUUAAGUGAAAAUAAAAAGUCUGAUUUAAAAAGUCUGUUAAAGUCUAAUCAUAUACCUAAGUUCUAUGAAGGAUUUUAUAAAAGUCUUUUCCAAGAUAAUGAUUAAGUGUUGUUUACUAAGUAUGUUCUGUAGGCUGUGAUUAUUUUACUAAGAUUACUAGCAAGGGUAUUAUUGAUAAGAGGAUUAUUGAUUAUGUCAUUAAGUACAAAAAUUUUAUUAGUUUCAUAGAAGAGCGAAGUAAUACCUAGUAAUAAGGUAUUUUUUUCGAAGAUUUUUAAAGAUUGUUAAGUUUUUUUUGUGUUCUCAUAAUUGUAGGUUGUGUUUUUUGUUACUACGAGUAUUAUUACUGUACGGGUAUUGAUUAUAGAGUUGAUUAUGUGCCAUAUUUUAUUAACGUACCAAAUUGUCUCUCAUUAGAAUAAAGUGUAAAGUGUAGUUUACGGAGCUUGAGAUAGAGAAACUAUCUAAAGUAACGAUUUAUUAAUA